AUGUGUGGCAUUCUCGCUAGCAUCUCGGUCGAGCGCUUCCCGCGUCGCAAUGGUCACCAUAAUACCAAUAACAAUCAUAAUACAGUGAUAAACGGGGAUUUCAAAGGCGCUCGAAACCAUGAUGUCGUCGUAAAUGGGGAGCUUGAAGAUCAAAAAAGGCAACGAGCCCUUUUGACUACGCAACUAGAGGAUGGCUUGACGGAAAUAUCCCAUAGGGGACCUGAUAACUCCCAUGUAUGGACUACAGAAGAUGCUAGAGUUGGCCUCGGUCAUGCGCGCCUGUCGAUCAACGAUCUGUCGAUCGAUGCUGACCAGCCCAUCCAUAGCGACGACGGAACAAUACACGCAGUGGUCAACGGGGAAGUGUACGAUUUUGACAGGCUCCGUCAAGUUCUGACCGAACAACACGGGUACCACUUCAAGAGCCACAGCGACAGCGAGGUACUGGUUGCCCUGUACAAGGUCUACGGAGCUCCCGACUUCAUCGAGCACGUCCGAGGCGAAUUCGCCUUCAUCUUGUACGAUGAGCGCAGGGACCUUGUCAUUGCCGGGAGAGAUCGUUUCGGCAUCAAGCCACUCCACUGGACAUUUGUACGCGAUGAGUCAGGGGAGAAACGCUUACUGGUGGCAUCCGAGGCAAAAGCAUUCCUGCCAUUGGGUUGGCAGCCAGAAUGGGACGUUGGGGCCAUUGUCGAUGGCGGGUACAUGAACGGCGAGAGGACCGUCUUUAAAGAUGUCCACAAAGUCCUGCCCGGCUGCUGGUUAGAGAUGCACAGUGAUGGGACCAUACACCAUCACAGAUAUUGGGACAUGGAGUAUAACGAAAAGGACAAGGUUGAAACCCGCCAACUUGACGACAUCAUUUCAGGCGUCCGGGAGCGACUCACCGAGGCCGUUCGGCUCCGAUUGCGGGCUGACGUGCCUGUCGGGAUCUACUUGUCCGGAGGCAUCGACUCUUCCGCCGUGGCGGGAAUAGUGGCACACCUCGUCCGGGAAGACGGUGUGUUGGCGGGCACGGAGGAUGCAAGCAAGCAUAUCCGGUGCUUCACGAUACAGUUCCCUAGCGGGUCCGGGUUUGACGAGUCUGAUAUUGCCGAUCGAACGGCCGAGUGGCUUGGCGUCGACCUCGCUAAAAAGGACAUGAACGAAGGCACCUUGGCGGAGUACUUUACUGAUUCCAUUUUCCACACUGAACUUCCUUGCCACGAUCUGGCAGGUGUUGGAAAGUAUGGCCUGUCGAUGGAAGCCCGAGACAACGGGUUCAAGGUCGUCUUGUCUGGUGAAGGAUCUGACGAGAUCUUUGCCGGAUACCCCUUCUUCAUGCGCGACAUUUUGAAUGAGCCGGAUCUCUCAAUGCCAACGUCCCCAUUGGCCAAAGAUCAGAAAACGAGACUCGAUCUGUUGAAGAUGACCGACGAUGUCCUCGAAAAGGUGAUGAAGUGGUCCGGCCUAUGGUUGCACCGCCCAGACCAAGACCCCUCCGCCGACGACGUCCAGGGCGUAGCGCCAACGCUCUACUUUCAACCAUCUCUGGCCACUUGGGCGCCCUGGGUGUCUCGUCGCUGGCCAGACAUGAAUUGCCGCGCUACGGUUGUCGCUUCACACGACCCCAAGGUACGCGCCAAGAUGGCCAACCGCUGGCAUUCGCUGCACACGGCCGACACGCUAGGUGACCGGGCCGAGAUGGCCCACUCGAUUGAGGCCCGGACACCAUUCCUCGACCACCACCUCGUCGAGUACGUAAACCGGCUGCCGCCUUCUCUCAAGUACGCAUACACGCCCGAGACGGAAGACUUUGGCGAGCAGGGACCGUACUGGACAGAUGGAACUGCACCGCAGAAGCUGCUCACGGAGAAGUGGAUCCUACGCGAAGCGGCAAAGCCAUUCAUUACGGAAGAGCUGUACAAGCGGAAGAAACAUCCCUACUCGGCCCCGUUUAAGUGGCCCAAGGAAGGGCCCAUUUACCAGAUGCUGCAGAAGCUGUUGACGAAGGAGGCUGUGGAUAGCCUGGGUUUCUUGAACUACGAAGUAGUUGAGCAGGGGUUCAACAAGGGAUUUGGUGAGGAGGCGGAGGCCCGCGCGUUCCGGAACCUGUUGGUGUACGCCAGCCUGGUGACGAUAGGCCAGAGAUUUGACGUGAAGAAGGCGGAGUCAAGAGAUUGGGCACUGGUGACGGGGCGUGUCUAA